AUGUCAUCUCACACUAAUGGCUCCUCGAAAGAGGACUUCACCGUGCCUUUCUUGAUCGACGGAGAGAAGUUUUACCCCGAAAAGACGUUCGAGAUCGUCAAUCCUGCUACCGGCAAAGCUGUUCACAAGUGCGGUAGCGCUACCGAGAAGGAUGCUCUGACUGCAGUCGAUGUAGCCGCAAAGGCAUUCAAGACCUGGCGCAGGACGACGCCUGUCCAGCGCAGAGACAUCUUCCUGAAGGCGGCCGAUAUAAUGGAGAGCCGGAAGGACGAACUGUCUCAAAUCAUGCAAGAAGAGACUGGUGCGGCGAAGCAAUGGGCGGACUUCAUCACCGGCCUUGGCUUCGGAGUUAUCAGGGAUGUCGCCGGACGGCUUGUAACUGUCGAGGGCUCGCUUCCCGGAACAAACGACCCCAACGUCUCUGCCAUGGUGCUGAAGGAACCCUACGGCGUCGUUCUCGCCAUUGCCCCAUGGAAUGCUCCGUAUGUCUUGGCCGCGAGAGCCAUCGCAUUCCCAAUCGCUGCCGGAAACACCGCCAUUCUCAAGGCGUCAGAGCUCUCGCCGCGAGUUAUGUAUGAACUGGCCGAUUGUUUCCAACAGGCCGGUCUGCCCAAGGGUGUCUUGAACGUCAUUGUUCACGAGCCUGCCAACGCCGCAGCCAUUACGACUUCGCUCAUCGCGCACCCUGAAAUCAAGAAGAUCAACUUCACGGGCAGCACCAACGUCGGCCGCAUCAUCGCUAAGCAGGCCGGUGAACACCUGAAGCCUGUGUUGCUGGAGCUCGGAGGCAAGGCGCCCGCCAUUGUGUGGGAGGAUGCCGACCUCGAUCUGGCGGCGAGCCAAUGCACCGUCGGUUCGUUCCUCCACGGUGGACAGAUUUGCAUGAGCACGGAGAGAAUCAUCGUGCACAAGAAGGUUUCAGAGCAGUUCCAGGCUAAGUUGUCGGAGUUCAUUGACAAGAUCUUCCCUUCUUCAGCAGAUGCGCCGGUCCUCAUCAACCAGCUUGCCGUCGAGAAAAACAAGAAGCUGCUCAAGGAUGCGAUCGGCAAGGGAGCCGCCGUCGUGGCGGGCAACGUCGAUGCCGAGGAGGUCUCCAAGACAAGAAUGCGCCCGAUUGUCAUCAAGAACAUCAGCACCGAAAUGGACCUGUACAAGACCGAGUCUUUCGGUCCAUCUGUGUCACUGUUCGAGGUUGAGACUGAAGAGGAGGCUCUGGAGCUCGCCAACGACACCGAGUACGGCCUGACGUCUGCAGUCUUCACGGAGAACCUCCGCACAGGUCUUCGUUUCGCGAAGGAGAUUGAGUCUGGUGCUGUUCACAUCAACAACAUGACGGUUCACGACGAGAGCGGCUUGCCUCACGGCGGAGUCAAGUCCAGCGGCUUUGGUAGAUUCAACUCGGUGGGACUGGACGAGUGGGUGAGGACGAAGACCAUCACCUUCCGGAACUGA